GUCGUCACUGAGGAAACGCUGCUCUGCCACUUGGGUGAUUAUUUUUCUCCACAUUUCAGGGACGUGAUAUCAAUCUGCUGGUGAAACGCUCUCUGUCUCUCAGCCUCAACUAUCAAGUGGAAAACAUGGGCUCUCAACCCUCAACAGUAGAUUAUGACAGCAAAGGUCUUGAACUUUACCAAGCUGCAUCAAGAUCACCAAACUUCCUGCCAGAUAUUGGCAUAGAUGAGUCCUUGGUAAAAUAUUCUGGAACAGACUCUAGCACUGUCCUAGAAGACUACUCCACCCAACUUAAGGUGGCCAAAGUACCGGGCUACAUUGACAGACUGGGCUCUAUUCUGGGUCCGAAGACUCGAGCCCCUAAUGCCGUUGGACUUGGAGCACUAGUAAUUUCCAUGAUCAUGGAGAUGGUCUUCACUUCAACACAAACGAGCGAAAACUCGUAUAGCAUGAUUCAGCGUAUAUUUGGAGAAGAAAAAGCUUCUCGUGUCAGGGACACAAUGUUAGAGUAUGUGAAGCGUCAUAAAAUGUUCAUGGACAAUCAACAAGCUCUGCUGAAGGAGCUGGGCAGACUUGAAAAAAAGCUGAGUAAUCAGCUCACCACCCUGAGAAACUCCCUGCUGUAUGAUGGAGAGAUCAAGACUCGUGGGUUCAAGAUCUGGGUUAAUGGAGCUGCAUUCCAUGUCCAAAUGUUGAUCCAUGAGGCACGGCUGGGCGCUGGAAAAGCUUCAUCAAACUUAACCAACCCAAUCAAAGUUGCCAUCAGUGAGUAUUUGCAGGAUCUGGAUAAACUGCUCGAUAAAUACAAGACCUACAUGAUCAGCAAUACUUUUGUUGUUGACAUAAAGCAAUGUAGUAGUCGUGGUUGUAGUAACACGAUUUGGCAAUUACGGCAAAAGCAUGACCCAAACCGUAGGGCACAUAUACCAAGUAAACCGGACGAGUCUUGGCUAGAUCCUGAUUUAAUUAAGUCAUACGCGAAUGCUGUUUUCUCAAACUACAAACCACUUACAAACUUGAAGACACAUUUCAUAAACAUUCAAGACAACCUCGACGAGCUAAUCAAGCAACAUCACAUAUUCUCUCUGCCGUCAGAAGAUAAUGUUUGAGUUCAAUUUAACAUCUUUCAACACGAACAAGAACAAAAUCAACAAGAACAAAGUGCAGCCAAAAGCUUGUUAAAUAUUAACAUGAGUGAGUGAACUGUGUAGAGAAAUGGCCUUAUCAGACAGGUGGUGGUCCAGAUCUGUGGAAAAACAACGUACUGCCAAUGAAAUUAAAAUGCUUAUGAUUGCUUUGAUUCACUUUUCAUUACUUUUUAACUUACAUUCGAUGUAUUUCAUAGCAAAAGUAGGUGAGCAUGUUUUCACCUUUAAUGAUGUGUGCACAUGAAUUCACAGGCUACAAAGGUCAUUAUGUAACAUGACCUUAGUCCUUUCACACAAAGUAUGGUCUUGCAUGUCUUGGUAUUUUUCCUGUAUUACAUAUUAUAAAUUGUUUUAUUGUUUAACACUUUCCAGUAUCACAAUAAUGACUUUAUUUUGGUGAUUAAAGU